AUGCUCGACGCGUUUGUGCACAGGGGAGGAGGCGGCGGCGGCGGCCCCAUCGACGGCGGGUUCCAUUGCCUGGUCUUCGAGCUGCUCUCGCACUCGCUCUACGAUGUUUUGCGAUCCACGUCGUUUAAAGGGGUAUCGCUCGGCCUCAUACGCAAGUUCGCGAGGCAGAUACUCUCGGCGCUGAGCUUCUUGAGGUCGCGCGGGGUGGUGCACUGUGAUCUCAAACCCGAAAACGUCCUCCUCGUCUCUGCCGAUCGAAGCGCGGUGAAACUGAUCGACUUUGGCAGCAGUUGCCUCGUGGGCGACACCCCGGACUUCACGUACGUUCAGUCGCGGUUCUACAGAGCCGCUGAGGUCAUCCUGGGGCUGCCGUACGGCAGCGAGAUUGACUCCUGGUCGCUGGGUUGCAUCCUGGUCGAGAUGCACGCCGGCACGCCGCUCUUCCCCGGAAAGGACGAGAGGGAUCAGCUGGGGAAGAUAGCCGAGGCGCUCGGG